ACAAAGAUGGCGGAGUACGGCGCUCAUUUGGCGACUCACCUAGCUCAAAAGCCGUCCAUAUUCGAAGUUCUCGCCCAGGAAAACCUCGCCCGCGCGCUGAGGAACGCGCUGAGGCACCUGAUAUCCUAUUUCGCCGACCUACGCAGCGGCAAGCGGCCCCGCACGUCGUGGCUCAAGGCCCACCGCGACGAACUGGUGACUCUGGCCGACCUGUCGGUUCAGCUUUACCACUUGGCUCGAUACGCCAGCUCCUUUUCCGAGCACUUCUACGGCCUACGCCGGGUUGCAUCCAGUACGACAGGCGACGCAGCGCUGAAGAGAAGUCACGUCCUAAGGUCCUUAGCCUCGCUCGUGCUCCUUCCGUACGUGCGCGCUAAGCUAGACGCAAUCGUAUUUGACGAGGAAGCACCCGGUGGAGGCCAGGGCCGAGGAUGGAUCGGCACUCUACGUCGAAUUUACCCAGCGUUCUCCCUGGCCUGCGAAGCGGCCUCCCUGUCGUACGCCCUGUUUUACGCGGUCGGCAAGUCUUCAGUGCAUUCGCCCACGCUCUCGCUGUCUUCCGUACGCCUCGAAGUCGCUCCUAGCGUACCGGUGUCACCAGACCCGAACGCGGGCAAAGCGGUUCGCGUUCUGCGCGGAGUCGCCGACGCCUUCUCCGCAACCCUAGCGACGGCCGCUUUCCUUUUGCACUUCGUCGACUGGUGGAACUCGCAGAGGAAAGGCAGUUUGGUCGCGGAUCCACCCGUUCCCGCCCCGCCGCUCUCCGACGAGCGGUCACAACAGAACGAUUAUGAGGAGUCGCAGUCCUUGAUGCGACGCGGCCACUGCCCGCUAUGCCUGAACGAAAUCGCCGCUCGAGCCGCCGUGCUCACCACGAGCGGCUACGUCUUCUGCUACGACUGCAUCAGGACCCAUCUGUCGAGCGGUCGCACUACUUGCCCCGUCACGGGCUACCCCUCUUCGCAUGAAAACGUCGUUCUUCUGGUCGGCCAGUAAACCGAGUUCGAGACCUGAAAGAAAAACGUCUGUGAAAUAACUGAUGGACUCCUUGAGCUGGAUUUUUGUGGCUGCAAACGAAUUGUGGUACUGCGUUUGAGGCACGCAAGCCUAAGCAUGAGACCUGAAUGCAGAUGGUUUGAGAUUGCAGAUACUUUUCAGUGUUACUACAUGUGGAGUGCAGUUGAGCUUAUUUGCGCCCGGUAUGCAAAGCCCACAUUGCCUUUGUGGCCAGUGUUUCAUUGAAAGCUCGAUGUUCAUUGACUUAGUAAUGUUGCUGGUUCAACCUGCAACAGCACGUACCUAUGUAUUGAAUACUCUCAUCACUGUACUUGUUUCUAGUGAAUUGUGUGUUCUAGUGUCAUUCCUUUUUUUUUUCUUCUGUGAACUGCACGGCCUAUGCUUAAUGAAUUGUUUUGAGACA